GAAUCUAGUGCCGAAACGAAAGUCUGAAUACGAUCUCUCUUUUCUAGCGCCAUCAAGCACAUUGCGACCUUCUACCGACCUCUACCGUCUGAAUGGUUUAAUUAUCGAGCCCUCGAGCAGCUUAGCUAGUUGAGUACCUCGACCGUACCGAUUUCCACCGGCAACAGCUUCUAUUCUCCUUUUCCAGUGCUUCAUAAGACAAGUAGAACCCCAGUGCACGCCCUCGGUUUCAAGUCACACGGUAAGCUUAGAAGGGAGGGAGAAAUCUAAUUCUCUGGAGAAGAUGGGAAGAGCGCCGUGCUGUGAAAAGGUGGGGCUGAAGAAAGGGAGGUGGUCGGCAGAGGAAGAUGAGCUAUUAGUGAAGUACAUCAAAGCUCAUGGAGAAGGCUCUUGGAGGUCACUGCCAAAGAAUGCAGGCUUGUCGAGGUGUGGAAAGAGUUGCAGACUGAGAUGGGUGAAUUAUCUGAGGACUGACCUGAAGAGGGGCAACAUCACUCAAGAAGAAGAGGAAACCAUGAUCAAGCUUCAUGCUUCCUUGGGAAACAGGUAUGAAUAUGUGUGUGUGGUGGUUAAACAACUUCAUGCCACUAGUCCAACAGUUAUGGAAUCUCAGCUCAGGUGGUCAGCGAUAGCCGAGCAUCUCCCUGGAAGAACUGAUAAUGAGAUCAAAAACUACUGGAACUCCCACAUCAGCAGGAAAAUCCACACCUUUCAGACUGCCGAUGGCACCAGAGUGACUGCUGCCCUCAGCAGGAUCGGCAGCGGCGGAGAGCGAAAGGGUGGCAGAACAAGGAGAUCAGCAAUGAAGAUCAGCACCACUUGUUGGAGCAAGAGGAAGGAAAGCCAUGAGAGAAACGGUGGACAUCCAAUAUCCUUUGUCCAUGGCAAGGAAAGGGAGAACAUGGCUUAUAACUUGGACCAUUACAAGACUAGUUCUACAGAAUUGGUUAAUCUUAAUGAAGGGGUGGCGUUUGAAAGUGGUUUAAUGUGCUUCAAUGAGCAGUUAAGCCCAAGCCUUUUUGUGGGAAGUGGAUUUUGUACAAAUAAUGUGUUUGAGGGGGGGCUUUUUGGUGCAAGUGAUGAGAGUGGGACCAUGAACUCAAGUGAAGAGAGAGAUGGUAAGGACAAUAUCCUUAAUGAUGAUGGGGAGGGUGUUGAACUUGGUUCAAAGGAAGGGAGGGGAGGGGAAGUGGUGGCUUUAGAUUGGGAGGAGAUGAUGUGUUUGGAAGUGGAUAAUUUGUUGAAUUGGGAGGGUAUGUGGGAUGGACCAAGAGAAGAUGUGGACAUGUUUAUUGGAGUGUGAUAGUGGGAAGUCUGAUUGCCAAGAGGUGUGAUGUGUGCCAUUUUUUCCUAGGAGGCUUCUUUCAAAUGUCUCAUAAAUGGCUUGUGGACCAGAGACUGCCUAGGGAGCUUGAGAAGAUCUUAUUUCAAAACUUUACCUAAUGUCUUAUUGUAUGUUUUGUUCAAGUGGUCUGUCUAGUUGGUUCCAUUAUCCAACAACAAAAAAAAAAGGAAUUGUAAACAGCUAGCAAUGCUAGAGACUAAGAACUUUUAUAUCUAGCAAGCAUUGAAGCAAUAAUUGUGCUAUUUUUUUCGCUUAAA